UCCCCGCCGGCCGGGGCGCACGCAGCCGCCGGGCCCUGGGGAGCGAGUCUCCACGCCGCCCGGGACCUGGAGCCGGGAGGGCCGCGCCGCCGCCUCCUUCCGCCGGCCAUGCAUUCUUCCGGCUCCCACAGCCCGGGCCCGGCUCCGGCCUGCCCGAGAAAGACAGGAUCGACGCCAAUGUGAGAAUGGCUGUGACUGUGGAAGAAGCUCCGUGGCUGGGCUGGAUCGUAGUGAAAGCCCUGAUGAGAUUUGCCUUCAUGGUCGCCAACAACCUGGUUGCUAUUCCAUCCUACAUCUGCUAUAUAAUUAUACUGCAGCCACUCCGAGUGCUGGACAGUAAGCGCUUCUGGUACAUCGAAGGACUCAUGUACAAAUGGCUUUUAGGAAUGGUGGCUUCCUGGGGGUGGUAUGCUGGAUACACAGUGAUGGAAUGGGGAGAAGAUAUUAAAGCAGUCACUAAAGAUGAAGCAGUGAUGUUGGUGAACCACCAGGCAACUGGAGAUGUGUGCACACUGAUGAUGUGCCUCCAGGACAAAGGACCGGUUGUGGCUCAGAUGAUGUGGCUGAUGGAUCAUAUUUUCAAGUACACGAACUUUGGAAUUGUCUCUCUUAUUCAUGGAGACUUCUUUAUAAGACAGGGAAGAGCCUAUCGUGACCAACAGCUGCUGGUUCUCAAGAAGCACCUUGAACAUAAUUACAGGAGCAGAGAUCGAAAAUGGAUUGUUUUGUUUCCUGAAGGGGGCUUCCUCAGGAAGAGGAGAGAAACAAGCCAGGCAUUUGCCAAGAAAAAUAAUUUACCAUUUCUUACACAUGUCACUUUGCCAAGAUUUGGGGCAACAAACAUUAUUCUGAAAGCACUUGUAGCACGGCAGGAAAAUGGAAGCCCAGCUGGAGGAGACGCUAGAGGCUUAGAAUGCAAAUCAAGAGGCCUCCAGUGGAUAAUAGAUACAACCAUAGCUUAUCCCAAAGCUGAACCAAUAGACAUUCAGACCUGGAUCCUGGGGUACAGGAAACCGACAGUCACUCAUGUCCAUUACAGGAUUUUCCCAAUUGGAGAUGUGCCCUUGGAGACUGAGGACCUCACCAGCUGGCUCUACCAGCGCUUUAUUGAAAAGGAGGACCUCCUGUCCCAUUUUUAUAAGACAGGAGCCUUUCCUCCUCUUCAGGGCCAGAAGGAAGCUGUUUCCAGAGAGAUGACCCUCAGCAACAUGUGGAUAUUCCUCAUUCAGUCGUUCGCAUUUUUGUCAGGCUAUCUGUGGUACCACAUCAUUCAGUAUUUUUACCAUUGUCUAUUUUAGGAACUGACUUGGACUUACUACAUAGGAGUUCAGACUUCUUCAUACAUGUGCAUUAUUUUACAUGUGCAAAUCAAAAUAUACAAAUCAAAAUAUAUAAAAGGAAAAGGAAAUUCAAUGGAUGGAUUAAUGUUUAUCCCCCUUUGGGAUAUUUUAAAACUCUACUACAACGAGGAUCAGUAAUACAAUGAUGUGCUAAUAUAUUUUAAGAACUUUUCAUGUUUUAAAGAGAUACACUCUACCAUACAUUUACGCAAGCAUCACACUGGGAGAAGAGGAAACCAUAAAAUCAUCCUAGAAGACUCCGAAAGAAACUAUCGCCACCAGAUGCACUUAGUCAGCCCCUGUGACUUGCUUGUGACCUUUAGUUCAGGUUCAGAAGCUACGCUCCUCUUCCCUAGGACAGAACGGCACAACAUUAAUGUGUCUACCCUUCAUGCUGAGGUACUGGUAGCCUGGAGAGCUGGUGGGCACAUCCUGAGGAGUGGUCUUGCUCUCUAGCAACCCUGGCUAAGGUGCAGCAUUGGCAUUCUCUGUGGGGAGCAGUGUCCACUGUCCACCUGACAUCACUGUGUCCCUUGAAAGGCUAGCUCAGCCCAGUACCAUGUUUACAUGUGCUAGUGCUUUCCCUUCAGGAGAGGGGAGCACCCACUUUCUCUUUUUGUAUAGAAGGCAUAUCAUAGAAUGAUAAUUGUAUUUUACAAAAUGCACUUUUAUCAGUUGCAAAUCUAGCAAAGGAUAGUAACCUAGCCUGAAACUAAGGGAAGCCUCACCCGUGAGCAGGCUCCCAGGAGGCUUUCCUGUCUGUGCUUGCCCAUAAUGCUCUAGCACCACCUUCAUUGGCCACCUCCCUGACCCCACUCCCCUACUGGUAGCUGGAUCCCCUCCCCGAUUUUGAAAUUAUAGCACCAAAUGUAUGUGGAGGCGGUUAAAGCAAAUUAACA